AUGGGAAAGAAAAGAAAGAGGCCCGGCAAAAAUGACGGCGCAGCAGAGAAUUCCUCGCAACCAUACCCCAGUCCUGCUUCAGGCUGUGUUAGAACCCGCCCCAAUAACCCCUCAGCUCACGAGAGGAUAGCCCAGCAUUCUCAUCCUGUCAUCUCACUAUACUACAGACAAGUCGUGACAUUGAGGCAGUAUCUCCUGCAGCAGUUGCCCACAUCGUCCAAGUCCCGUCGUCGACGCAUCCAGUCGUUGGGGGUGGCUCGCGAUCAGGGCCAUCACACUACACCCAAGGCAAACGGGCAAGACACUCGGUUUGGAGGUCAGAUUGAGGAUAUCGCCAGGCUUCUGGAUACUACCCUGGUGGGGGUCUUGAAAGAGACUUCCCCAACAACCAGCCAGGAACGACAUCGAGAUUACGUUUCCUUCUCUCAGUCGCGGUCACAGUCUCAGUUCACUAGUACAGAUACUGGGCCGGCUUGUCCACAGUCAGAGAUUGUGGACUUUGUCAUCUCAGCCUUGUUCAACCGUACUGGCUUCUCGUAUCAAAAACCUCAACACAUCUUAACUCAUGGCUUCCAACGAGCAGCUCCUCGUAAAUAUGACCGUGGUGCUUUGGCAAGUGGCAUUCCUGGGAUAGUGGUUCAGUACCCAAAUGGUAACUACCGGGCACUGAGGCAGGCGCCUUGGACGGAUGUUCUCGGCCUCUUGGGAAGCAAUGGCGAGGAGAUUAUGCUGAGACUUUUGUUCGACUGUGGGAUCUUCUCUGGUAUAGACCAUCAGAGGGGCAUGUUCUAUCAAAUUAGCGGGCCUCCUCUUUCAAAUCUUGAGCCAUUAGAAAAAGCAGAUCCGCUGAACCCAACCUCUAAACCAGCCGUUUCCAUUACCACGACUGACCGAGAAAUACAGACGGAAAGGAAAAAGGAUGAAAACGGGCCUAAGACGGUUGUCCAUAAGCCUAACAGCAUUUCGUUCUUCCGUCGACGCAUGCUCUAUGCUCGUCCGAGUCUCAAUUCAAGAGGAGAGGUGCAAUUUGGAUUAAAACAUAUGCACGUACUCAAUCGUUUUUCAUCCUCUGACUCGCUGUCGCAGACUGUGCAUGUGAUGAAGUACAUUUUCCCCAGACAGUUUGGGUUGCAUAACGUGUUUACCUCGGUCACGGAUAGUCGUGAAACUGUCCUGCCAUUCAAGGAUUACACCUUUCGCGAAGAGGAGAUUUUUCGAGCGGAGGCGUUGAAGCGACAUCGACGACAAAAACCGUCUGUCACGCCCGCCGAUGAAGAGGAUCAACGAGCAGAACCAAUCAAAAUACCCAAGAGACUACGGGGAGAAGCUGUAAAUCUGGUCCAGAAGCUGCAGAGCCGGAAUAAGGGCUUUUCAUAUGUGGAAUUACUGAAAUACUACUGUCCAUCCGAGUCCAGUGGACCUUGGAAGUUCGGUUCAAUGCAGUCUCAGCCUGACUCGAAGGCUCCGAGCAGUGAUCCAAAAUCUUCUGUAUCUGAACAAUUGGUGACACAAGCACGAAUUAGCCACCACUCUUCCCCUGGCGGUGCAUUAAUGGGGUUCCAGUCAAACCAGCCCAUUCCAUCUUCCCUCAACGGCGAGUCCGGAGGCAAUCCAACUGUUCCUGCCCCCAAGAUCAGCUUGACAGAAUAUGCAACACCACCUUCAUCUGUAUCAGCUUUCUGUCGAGCAGUCCUACGAAAGCUCAUCCCUCCGCAUUUCUAUGGAACCGGCCAACAUGGAAAACUAAAUGAAAAGAUUAUCCAUAAACAUGUCGACCAAUUCAUACGCAUGCGCCGAUUUGAAACUUUGAGUCUACAUCAAGUUUGUAAAGGACUAAAGAUUACUUCUAUUCCAUGGAUUGCGCCACCUGGGAUCCAAGACCACGAGAGAAAGCUCUCUUUAUCUGAUUUACAAAAACGGACGGAGCUAAUACACGAGUUCAUCUACUACAUUUUCGACUCUAUCCUAAUUCCCCUUAUCUGGACAAAUUUUUAUGUCACCGAAUCUCAAACCCAUCGAAAUCGUCUCUUCUACUUUCGACAUGAUGUCUGGCGUCGACUGAUCGAGCGGCCACUGGCUGAACUUAAAUCGUCCAUGUUUGAGGAAAUGAAGCCCGACAAGGCAAUGCGCGUGCUUGGUCGGAGAUCUUUAGGGUACAGCGCCUUGCGACUUCUUCCUAAAGCUACAGGCAUCCGGCCUAUUCUCAAUCUCCGAAAACGAACCUUGGUGAAGGGGAGCUGGGGUGGAAAAAAUGGCAGGUUUUUGGGUUCGAGUAUCAAUUCAACCAUUACCCCUAUUUUCAACAUGUUGAACUACGAAAAGUCACGGAAACCUCAUGUUCUAGGCUCAGCUCUACACCAUGUUGGUGAAAUCUAUCCUCGAUUGAAAUGUUUCAAAGAGCGUCUGGAGCAACGACACACCGAAGGGCAUGGCUCGUCACUACCUCCACUGUACUUUGUCAAGCUUGAUAUUCAGUCUUGUUUUGAUACUAUCCCGCAGCGAAAACUGGUCCGUCUCGUCGAGGAGCUGGUCUCAGAAGAGGCAUAUAACAUUACGAAACAUGUUGAAGUCAGACCACAGGGUGACUUAAGCAGCUUCGGGCCCGUCAAAGGAGCUAAACAAACCAAAGCUAUGCGAAAAUAUGUUGGCAGAGCUGCACCUGGGAUGAAGCCGCAGCAUCUUCCCGAGGUCAUCGCUAGCGGCGCAACCGGUCGAAGAAGAAACACCGUCUUUGUUGAUACCAUGGCACAUAAAGAACACAACACGGAAGAUUUGUUGGACCUGCUCGAUGAGCAUGUUCGGAACAACUUGGUCAAGAUUGGAAAGAAAUACUUCCGGCAACGCAGUGGCAUCCCGCAAGGCUCGGUGAUGUCUAGUCUUCUGUGCAACUUCUUUUAUGCAGAACUAGAGCGGAAAGUUCUUGGAUUCUUGCAGUCUGACGACGCGCUUCUUCUUCGUCUUGUUGACGACUUUCUGCUCAUCACUUCCAAUACAGACUUGGCUACGCAGUUCCUGCAGGUUAUGAUCAAGGGGCAGCCAGAGUAUGGCGUCUCUGUGAACCCAACGAAGAGCCUGGUGAACUUUUCAGUUGCGAUAGAUGGGAUCCAUAUUCCCCGACUGGUUGGAACUUCCCUCUUCCCUUACUGCGGAAACCUGAUCGAUACUUCUACGCUGGGACUCUUCAAGGAUCAAGGACGGAUACUUGAAGGAGGGGAUUCAACGGCCGCCGCUCUCUCCAACGCACUAACAGUGGAGUUGACAAGGGCCCCCGGUCGUUCCUUGCAUCGGAAACUGCUUGCUGCAUUUAAGCUGCAGAUGCAUCCUAUGUACCUCGACACCAAACACAAUACAUCUACGGGGGUGCUGUCGAAUUUGUACGCGAACUUGGUCACGUCUGCCAUGAAGAUGUACCGGUACAUGAAGUCACUACAGGGACGCGCACACCCAACACCGGAUGUGGUGAUUCGAAUCAUCCAGGACAUUAUUUCACUGGCGCAGCGGCUCACACACUCGAAACGGGGCGAUGUGGCGACGGAUUCAAACUCCGAAGUGGCCUGCUCUGUAUCACAAAUGCAGGUGCAAUAUCUGGCGGCUGCAGCGUUUCGGUUUGUGUUGAACCGCAAACAAACACGGUACGCAAUAGUGCUGCGUUGGCUGGAGCAGCUGGGCAAAGCGGUACGACCGAAAUCGGAUAGAAAGGCGAUACGAAUGGCUCAGGUGGUUCGAAGUGGCAAUGCGACCUUUGGAGGAUGGAGGUUCUGA